AUGCUUACAGGUUUCCAAGCAUCUGUGUUCGCUGCAACAUCCAGGACGGUGAUUGUCAGAUGGACCAGGUACUCAGGAGCCACCUCGUACAAGAUCAGUGUUGCCCCCCGAAACUCACCAAACAACUUCAUCGCUUUUGCCACAUUUGGGCCAAACACAGUGAUGGGCUCUGUCACGUCCUUGUCAGAGAACGUUGAGUAUACCUUCACAGUUGAAGCUCUGGAUGAUUCCCAAACAGCACUGGCCACUGCAUCUAUUGACUCGUCAACAGCCCCCGAUGUGAUGGACCCCAUCCAGAGAGUGAAGCCGAAAGACAGCAGGACCUUGAUUGUGGUGUUUAACCUGAAAGCCAGGGCGACACAGUACAUCAUUAGAAUCCAGAACAGCGAUGGUUUCUUCAGAGAGGACACAGUACCCUCUUCCCCCGCUGAGAUCAAAUUCCUCACACCGUACACUGAGUACUCACUCAGCAUCCUGGCGGAGAACAGCGCAGGUCGCAGCCAGCCCUCAAGUUCUGUGACCGGAAAGACAGUCUUGGCUCCUCCUGAGCUUUCCUCCUCCUCUCCGAGCAACGACAGCAUCAUCGUGUCCUGGGCUCCAGUUACUCACGCCGUCCAGUACUCCUUGUCUCUAUACAAGUUCGGCUCAUACAGCAGCAUAUACAACACCUCCUACACCAACAUGACCAUCUCCGGUCUGGAUGCUGGAUCCCUCUACGUCAUCCAGGUCUUCGCCUGGGACACCGAGGGCCGCAAGGGAGAAGGAAGUCUACACAACCAGAUCACACGACCUCCAACUCCGUCCUCUGUCCGUGUGUCUGUGGUGACGAAUAACCAUGUGGCUGGACUCUCUGUGUCCUGGAACAUCGACCAGGUUGUUCAGGGACCCAUCAUGUACCAUGUGAGGAGUGACCAGAACCUCACCUGUAACUCCACGUCCAGCUCCUGCACUCUGCCUGCAGUGGGCUGUGGAGAGGUUCACACUAUCCAGGUCACCGCCUUCAACGAGGCUGGACCCGGCCACCCGUCCAGCCCCGAGGUCUUCAUCACCUUCCCCUGCCCUCCACAGUCUUUGGCUGUUGUGGAGUCACCAGAAGGAAACUGCACUCUGAGGUGGGACACGGUGCCUCACGCUGACAGCUACGCAGCCUACAUCAAGAAAAAUGACGGCAGUGAGAGGACCUGCAACUCCACCAGCAACAACUGCACCUUCCACUGCCAGUGUGGCUACACAUACGUGAUGUUUGUGUUGGCGUUCAACCAGGCUGGUGGCAGCCCUGAAUGCCAGCCUCUCAACUACACCACCUUGCCCUGCUGUCCAGAGAACGUAUCCGUCUCCUCUGUGAGCACUGACACUCUGGAGAUCAUGUGGACAGCCUCUCAGGGAGCAGAUGUGUACGAGACCCGAGCUGCAGACAAUUCAGAGGUCAUCCUGUGUAAUGACACAGCACCGGUGUGCGCCCUGUCUGACCUCAGCUGUGACAGAGAAUACACUGUGGUGGUGACACCCUGCAAUGACUUUAGUGGAUGCAACCGUGCUUGCAGAGCUCACACCAAAGGCACAGCUCCCUGCAUGCCGACAAAUCUGGUGCUGAAUCCGAAGAACUCCUCCUGCAUCAGUGUGAGCUGGACAGGAAACAACAGAGCUGCUAACUACACUGUGACUGCAGGUGGAGAUGACGGCAUCCACUCCUGCACCACCAGCGGAUCCAACUGCGACAUCACUGGCCUUCCCUGUGGCUCCACCUACGAAGUCAGUGUCACAGCAACCAGCGCCGCCGGCCACAGUUUACCCAGCUACACCGACUCUCUGGAAACAGAACCCUGCUGUCCGAUGAAUCUAACAGUCGAUCAGGUGACUCAGGCGAUGACCAACGUCUCCUGGUCUCACGCUAAAGGCGCUCACUCCUUCAUCACCUCUCUGACUUCACCUCGUGGUCACGCCCGCUGCCACACCCAGGACUCCCACUGCCUCAUGGGAUGCAUCACCUGCGGCACCAGCUACACCGUCACGAUGGAGGCGGUCAGCCACAGCGGCCGCAAGUCCAACUGCACCUACCAGGGCUUCUCGUCCAGCGCCUGCUGUCCGUCCGGCGUCAGGCUGUACAGGACGGCCAGCAACUCUCUGAGGGUUUUGUGGCGCAGCGGCAGCAGCCACAGCUCCGUGGCAGACCUGGUGGGCAUCAUCAACAACUACACCUGCACAGCUUCACCGGGAGAGAACAGCUGUGAUAUCGACAACAUCCAGUGUGGAGACGUCUACCAUGUGGUGGUGGCUCCACUCACAGCAGAGGGCAGCAAAGUCCUCUUCUGCCCCAAGAGAUUUUAUUCAGUCACUUGUUCAGGGAGCAAAGUUGGCACAGUGAUUUACAGAGGGAAGAGAAGUGUGGACUAG